AGCAAUUGCAAAACAAGCCAGAACAGCAUACGACUAGUGGCAAUAAGAUGCAAUACAAAGAAGGGACAGUUUUAGACAAACUGGAUUUGCUAGCUGGCUCUUCUUGCGAACAUGAGUCGCGUGAAUUGCUUAUGGCUGGCAUUUUUGGCCUUCUUGCCCUGUGUGCACUUGCAGCCCCUGGCCAAUGAGGUCUCAUUGGAAUUGGUCGAUUGGGAGUGUCGUCAGGUUGUAGGGCUCUUCAAUUGGAACAAACUUCGUGAGAUCGUGGUGGAAUAUGCGGACUUCGAGUCGCCCCUGGCGAUGACCGAGUUCACUGAGGCUGCCUUAGUCUUGCAAGACCCGGAAGCACGGAGAACGGCCUUUCAGGAAUGCCCGAUCGGUGCCAUUUUCUUGGCUUCUUUGAACUUGGGAAUUUGCUUGCACCGAGUCAUGGAGGAGGUCACCGAGUGUGAAGAUGUGGCAGACUUCCUGAUGGCGAGCAUGUUCCGCCGGGAGAUUCCCCUGGCAGUGAUCUUGACCUCCUCCUGGCCGGUGAGAAGCCCGCAGAAGAUGGUGUUCCUCUACGAGCGAGGAUCUCACAACUUGAGCACUUUCUGGCACUCACUUCAGCAUAGUCCCAGCUUGAACUGCGAAGAUGAUGAGUUCUUUGCCGGAUUCUUGAAGGACCUGAAUUGGGCCAUUGGUCAAGGCGAAUCGUUGGUGGGAAAACUCUCCAAGUGGCUAUUUGCUCCAAAAGUUCAGGAACUGGAGAUGGAUCAAUUGAGGCAAAGCAACUGGGAGCCUCCGUGUCGUCUUGGUUGGAUUGCCAUCAUGAUUCUGAAGGCAAGCAUUGGCUGGCAUACAGAACCUAGAACGUUUUUCACCUACGCCGAAUCCUUGAGACCUUACCUCAUGCUUUUGUCACCGUGGCACUUCUUGGGCUCCAGUUGGUUUUUGAGCAUGCUUUUGCCUCAUGUUUGUCAAUUUCACCGCACCGCCUUUCAUUUGGAUUUUGACCAGACCGAGCUUAUGGCGGAGACGCAUCCCAGCCUCGCUUCGAUGCUCUUGGGCUCACCAGCCAUGCGCCAAAGCGCGCAGGCCGUGCUCAGCCAUGCGCGGCCCUAUGUCGUUCGGGGCGAGCAGAGACUUUUGGUCUAUGCAAGCUAUGUUUGGGGUGAAGAUUAUGUGAGAUGGCUUCCUGCUUACGUAUCUCGAUUCCAUGAACUUGGCAUGCACAAUCUUAUCAUGUUCUGUGGUGAUGAAACUGCCUAUGAGAUGUGCCGCAGGGUGGAGGGAUCUGCGUGUGUUUUCUUGGAGACCAAGACGGGCCUCCACCGCUACACAAUCCCUUUGGCUCUCAUGAACAUGGGCGUGGAUGCCUUUGUUAUUGAUUUCGAUAUCUAUGCCUUCAAGAAUCUCACAGAAAAGUUGAUCGUUGAGCUUGAAAGCUAUCAAGAGACGCCCGAAUUCCUCGUGGGCGGAUCCUUCGGCGAUGCCUGCAUUUGCAAUGCCUUCGCAUAUUACAGAAGUACUCUGGCUGUGCGGGACUUCACGAGGACUUUGCUGGCAUGGCUCUAUCAGUAUCCUUUCCCGCAUGGGGUGACGCAGAAGGCGCUUUCUGCGUUCCUAGGCGAAGAACCAAUGCAGAAAACCACCGGCUCUGAGCCAUGGGUGGUGAAGGAGGAGAUCCUGGUGAAGCAAUUGCCUCCUGUGCCGCGGCUGAAGUGGUCUUUGCUGGAGCCCGGUGUGGAGUUCUCAUCCUCACGCAAGCUAGCAACCUCUGGCUGGGCAGGCCGGCAAGAAGACAUCGUGGUUUAUCAUUUCUUCCAUGGAGGGUGGUUGGCCUCCGAAAGCGCUGUAGAUGCGAAUGAACCUUGGGACGAAUUCGACAUUUUCUACAAUUUGACCUGUGAGGACACCGUGGAGGCCUGUGCUGCGCGUCGCGAGGCACGCAUCCGACGUCUUUUGGAGAAGUCCCGGCUGGGCGACCGACGGCCACCGACGAACAUCUCCUGUGAGACCUUGGAAGUCAUCGACUUUACCGUGACCCCCAGCGAUGAGAAGGGCAUGGACUUCACGGUGACGGCGAACAGUCCAAGCUCUGAGAAUCUUUGAGAAAGGGCGUUCGAACGAGAUACCGACCAGAUGAGAUUAGAUGGACAAAUAUUGAACACGUUCUUGAUCAAUGGGACCAUAUGGGACCGAACGCGCAGGAGCAAAUAAAGGCCGAAAGUGCCUGGAGCAGUUGUGGGGUCGCUCAUGUUCGUGCCUGUUGGCCUUCAGACUUCUUGUGAUCCUUUUGACCGAAAGAUACCGAAAGUACUGUAUAGCUGAAGGAUUAUUGUCAAG